UUACCUCAGAUGUUGGAUUUUUAUUUGGAAAAACUUGUGGAUACGACUUCGGCGGCCGCACAGUGUAACUCGAACGUGGUGAGUUUGCCAACCUCGGUGGAGGGGCCGGAGGGGUCCACGAAAAUGGGCAUGGAGGAUGUGGACAUGACUCUCUGGACUGAGGCAGACUUUGAGGAGAAGUGCACCUACAUCGUGAACGAUCACCCUUGGGACUCUGGAGCGGAUGGGACCGGUUCGGCACCACAGGCCGAACUGUCCCUUCCUAGGAAUCUGGUCUUCAAAUACUCCCCGAACUGCAAAGAGGUUACUGGAGUUGUGAGCAAAGAAUACAUCCCAAAAGGAACACGCUUCGGGCCCCUGAUAGGCGAAAUAUAUACCAACGACACAGUCCCCAAGAAUGUCAACAGACAGUACUUCUGGCGGAUCUAUUCCGGUGGGGAACUGCAUCACUUCAUCGAUGGCUUUAAUGAGGACAAAAGCAAUUGGAUGCGCUAUGUGAACCCCGCCCAUUCUGGGCAGGAGCAAAACCUGUCUGCCUGCCAGAAUGGAAUGAACAUCUACUUCUACACCAUCAAGCCCAUCCCCGCCAGCCAAGAACUUCUUGUGUGGUACAGCCAGGACUUUGCAGAGCGACUCCACUAUCCUUCCUCCGGAGAGCUGCUGAGGAUGAAUCUCACUCAAACCGACGUUCACCCAAAGCAGCAAGGCAGCGAGAAAAAUGAGCUGUUUCCCAAGAGUGCCCCCAAGAGAGAACACAGUGUGAGAGAAAUCCUGAAAACCGACUCUAGCCACUCCAAAGGGAAGGACUUAUUCCGCUUCAACAUUUCACCCGCUACCCCAGACAGAGACUCGGACGACCUAAGAAAGAAGUGCAGCCCAGAGAGGCCCUUCUAUCCCCGGGUGGUCUACCCGCUUCGAGCCCCCGGGCCGGAAGACUAUCUGAAGGCUUCUCUGGCCUACGGGAUGGACAGGCCCACCUACCUGACCCACUCGCCCAUCCCCUCCUCCGCCACCCCGAGCCCCUCUGCCAGAAGCAGCCCGGACCAAAGCAUAAAGAACUCCAGCCCACACGGCAGCCCGGGCCACAGCCUCUCCCCUCUGGCUGUCGUCGCUCAAGAGCACCGAGAACCCUACCCUUUUGUCGGCGCACCUUACGGCACGGAAGGGUUAGGGUCUUAUCCCGGCUACGGACCCCCAGGACAUCUCCCUCCCGCUUUCAUCCCCUCCUACAACGCUCACUACCCCAAGUUCCUGUUACCCCCAUACGGGGUGAGUUCGAACUCCCUGAGCGCUGUGAACAAUAUCAAUGGCAUCAACAAUUUCAAUCUCUUCCCGCGGCUCUAUCCUGUGUACGGUGGCCUGCUGGGGGGUGGUGGCAGUCUGCCCGGGCACAUGCUGGGCUCGGGGGGCCUCCCGAGCUCGCUGCCCUCAGAUGGGGCUCACAGACUGCGGCAGCCCGACCACCCCAGGGACUUCCUGAUCCCGGCUCCCCGCAGUGCCUUCUCCAUUACAGGGGUCGCCCCAAGCAUGAAGGACGCACCCUGCAGCCCCACCGGCGGCUCCCCCACCGCCGCCACCACCGCCACGGCCGAGCACCUGGCGCAACCCAAAGCUACCUCAGCCGUGCUGGCCGCCUCCAGCAGCGAAGAAGCCAUGAAUCUCAUAAAGAGCAAGAGGAACAUGAGUGGCUAUAAAACGCUCCCCUACCCGCUAAAGAAGCAGAAUGGAAAGAUCAAGUACGAGUGCAAUGUUUGCUCCAAGACCUUUGGCCAACUCUCCAACCUGAAGGUCCACCUCAGAGUGCACAGCGGAGAGCGACCCUUCAAGUGUCAAACGUGCAACAAAGGUUUCACGCAGCUGGCCCAUCUGCAGAAGCACUAUCUGGUGCACACGGGAGAAAAGCCCCACGAGUGUCAGGUGUGUCACAAGCGCUUCAGCAGCACCAGCAACCUGAAGACCCACCUCCGGCUCCACUCGGGGGAGAAGCCCUACCAGUGCAAGCUCUGCCCGGCCAAGUUCACGCAGUUCGUGCACCUGAAACUCCACAAGCGCCUGCACACCCGAGAGCGGCCGCACAAGUGUGCCCAGUGCCACAAGAGCUACAUCCACCUGUGCAGCCUCAAGGUCCACCUCAAGGGGAACUGCCCGGCCGCCCCGACCGGUGGCAUGUCUGUGGAUGACCUGACCCGUGUCAACGAGGAGAUUGAGAAGUUCGACAUCAGCGACAGCGCCGACCGGCUGGAGGAUGUCGAGGAUGACAUUGACACGACCGCCAUGGUGGAGAAAGAAAUCCUGGCCUCCUUACGGAGAGAGGGGGAUGGGGCUGGCCUCAAGGCCUCCUUGCCAAGGAACCUGGGAAACGGCCUGCUCUCCUCGGCCUGCCGCAUCUAUGAGUCACCUGACCCGGCCCUUCUGAAGCUGCCUCACGUCCACCCACUACCUCUCUUACCUGUAAAGGUCAAACAAGAAACGGUUGAACCGAUGGACCCUUAGGACUUUCAGGAAAUGAAAGGGAUCUCUCGCUCUUUUGUUUUGUUUUGUCUUUAAUUUAUGACUUGGAAAGUCAGGGUGCCUGUAGCAAUUCGCUUGUCCAUAACUCCAGGGCUGCACAGCCAUCUUGACUCACACUUGAGUCCUCCUCAACUCCCUCCACUUUAAGCAAGAAACUCCAAAGUUACUGUAUUCUCAGGGCAUAAAACG